AUGCCGAAGGACAUCGCGAUCGUGGAGAUCAACGCUCUCCUGGCUAUCGCCAUCAAGUUCGGGGACAAGCAGGCUCGCAAGCAGUCCGAGUCAUGGAGUAAGCAGAGGGUGGCCGAGUCCAGAGGCAUCAGCCUGCGGGACAUCAUCGCGGGCAACAAAGGAGGCCUGGUGCUGGUCGACGACGACGAGCUUCUGGGUAUCGACCACAGCCAGUAUGAUUUUUCUCCUUCGGACCUCGAGGAGUUCACUCGCAGAAAGGAAAUUCCGCAGGCGGGCUUCAAGGGCAUGUGCGCUGGCACCUCGAAGGAGGGGGGUGGGGAGUUGGACUUGUUCGUCGUGUCCAGCGGCUGGCCCCGGGCCGUCAAGCGCACGACUGUCAGAUAUGAAGCGGCUACGAAGCCGCGCGAGCCAGUAAGGAUCCAGUUCUUCAAGCAGGUUGCGAAUUUGCAGGCAGGCAAUUUCCGGUCGAGACCUCCGACGUUGAUGUCAGACCAGAUCGGCGAGUUUGGAGCAAAGUUCACAGGUGUCCAAAGCGUGGCCCAGAACGUUUUCGACGCGCUGGGUCGCGGGCCUCUGGGGGCGAAGGCUUGCGCCGAUUUUCUGGCCAAUGGUGCCGCGGUCCUGGGCGAUGCCUCGGAGUUCCCCGGAUCUUCCAUCAGAGACGGAGUCACCAGGCAGUUGCAGCGCGAGUCAGGCAAGUCCGUCGGCGUGGGCGUCAGGCUCUGCUACGACGUGGCCUGGGCAGCCCUGUCCUCCAGCACGUUCGCCGCCUACGAGAGAGGCAACGACGCGGAAGACAGGGUGGCCGAGCUUGGGCUUCGGCUGCACCCGAGCCCCGCCAUCAACGAGCGUGAGUUUCUGCAUUGGCAGAUUCGAGUGUGCAAGGCAGUGAUCAAGCAUGGCCCCGCGGCGGCGCUGGCCGGCGGCCGCGGCGCGCGCGGGGCCACGCCGGCCUCGGCGGUGCGGGCCCUCGGCGGCGGCGGGCCGGACCGCCUGAGGCGGUGGCGCGGGCCCUCCGUGGUCGAGGCCGUGCGCGGCCCGCCCGUGGAGGAGCUGGCGGCCGAGGUGACCAGCCUGAGCUCCAACCGCCAGCGGGAUCUGCUGACCACCAGGCUGCUGGCGCUGCUGCGCCGCGCGGGGCCGGGGGAGCGCGCGGAACGGCUGCAGGGCCUGGCGCUACAGGUGUUUGCGUUCCACGAGGACCCGGCGGUGGGCGCCCUGAUGCGCGCGGGCGCGCGACACGCGGAGGCGGGAGAGCUCGAGGCCGGGGCGGCUCACUUCCGCGCCGUCCUCCGCGUGGACCCCGAGGACUUUACCCGGAAGCCUGGAACAGACUGGCGAGCGUGCAGUACGACGCUGGGGACGACUGGGCCGCCUCGGCGGCGAGCCAGGGCAGGGCGCUGGAGAGCUGCUGCCGGGGCACUUCGGGGCCCUGGCUGGGCUGGGCCUCGCAGAGCUGCGGGGCCUGCGCCUCGGCGAGGCGGCGGCGGCGUUCCGGGCCGCGAGGGCGCAAGCGCCCGCCUGCUCCUGGGCGUGGGGGCUGAUGCGCAGGCCGCUGAGCUCGCGGACUCCGCACAGGCCUUGGCCACGGCGCUGGCUUCCGCGGCCCUCGCCACCAUCCGGGCGGCGCCCACCAGCGUGGUGUUGCUCGUCUCGGCGGCAAUGCUGGGGAUAGGCGGCCUUGGAGGCGACGGUGGUCAAAUCUAUUCACCUUGGAGCACGCGCGUCGACAUACAGACCGAGCAGUCCACGGCCGAACUCGCCCCGGGGGUCACGCAGUUCAAGUUUUCGCGCCAGGUGGUCCGCACCACGAGGACCGGCGCUCCCUUGUCGGACUUGCAGGACGCGGUCAGCAAGUUAGAGACGAACGCAGAGAGGAGAAAGACCACCGCGAGGCUGCUGGACGAGCUGAGCGUGUGCACGGACGCGCGGCGCUCCGCGGCCAUCUCGGACCUCGUCUGGCGAGCGUGGCUUUUCCACGAGAGUCCCGUCGUCCAGUCCUUGAUCGCGGGCGGCCAGGAGUGCUUGUCCCAGGGCGACCUCUUCGGCGCCGAGAAGCUCUUCAUGAGCGCAGCCUACGUGGACCCAUCGUACGCCGAGGCGUGGAACCGCUUGGCGACCGUCCACUACCUGAUGGGCGACCAGGCCCUCUCGUUGGCGGAGAUCCGUCAGACGCUGGACCUGGAGCCGCUGCACUUCGGCGCGCUCAGCGGCCGGGGCUUGGUCUUCCUGCAGCUGGAGCGCUACGGCGACGCCGCGGAGGCGUUUCGAGAAGCACGGGCCGUCAUGCCGGCGUCGCCGAACUUGGCGGCGGACGCAGAGUUCGCCGACGAGAUGGCAGAGCGCGCGGAGGCCGCAUCGGGGACGUCCCCGUGA